UUUAAUACCCCACGAAAAUGUAUAAAUCUAUAAUUCUUAACAAGAUUGAAGCAGUAAAAGAAAGCAGAGCGUUAGAGAAAUCACAGCCAACAUGCAAGGAUUGUAAACCAACCGGACAUGAUAAUAAAAACCAUUAUAAAUGUAGACUUUAUAAAAAAGACAAAGCAGAUGACGGUGAUCGGUAUAAGCCGGAAACGACAAAGUUCAGAGACCAAGAAUAUCAAGAGACAAGCAAAGCGGCAGCAGAAAGAAGUGGACUCAAACAAAAAAAAAAAUGUAGAUCUUGUGGUAGCAGCAGUCAUAAAUCAAAACAUUCUCCUGAUUGCCCUCAACUUAUACUUGGUAAACUAGAGGCUCUUACCGAAAACUUGGGAACAGGGUUUCAAACGUUCAUCAGGAAACUUCCAGUUGAUACCUGUCUGGCUAGCGGCAACACUCAAUGUCUAACAGAAGCAUGUGUUGAAGUGUCUGUUGCAUACAUGAAUGCGGUUGUAGAAAUGUUUGAAAAGAGAGUGUUGUACUACUUGUAUUUCUUGAUUCAAAAUAUGUGCCCAUCCAUGAAACCUGAUGAUGCCAGACUUAUUGUCAAAAAAAUAUGGCUAUUAAUAUGCCUAUCAGACAAGUUUGCAAUCGACUUUAUGUUCAACAGACGACGCAAAGAUAGUAUCGUUGGAUCACAUAACUUGACGCUCCAAGAUUUUACUUAUAGUGAAGUUGAGAGUACUCCUAGGCCUGUCUUUGUCGACCCUGAAAUGCCUACGGCCAAGACAAAUCAAUCUGAAUUAUACAACAUGUAUGUAGAGUAUAUGCUACGCCACAGACAAGUCUUGUUCAAUUUCUAUGACUUUCAAAGAGCAGAAGAUCGGUUUUACUUAUAUCAACAAAAGCAAAAAGCGGCGCAGAUCAUGGUCAAUAUGAUAAUAAACGGUGGCAAGAAAGUAAAACGGAGGCCCGCAAAGUUUAGUCAAGAUGUCGCCAAGGUCCCGCUAAUAGUUUUUGGAGCAGGAAUGUUUGGAAAAGAUGGUGUAAAUCUUAAAGGAGACAAAUGCAGAGCUACUGGUGUUCUUUGGAGGGCGAUUAAGAGGAGGGAGAAAGAAGACGAAGAUCGACAACAACAACAACAAUUACCCUCUAUCCUUAUUGAUAAUGUAAGUACACAUAAAAGUAUUUCAUCACCACCAACAACAACAACAACUGCUACUACUACUACGGCACCAACAAAUGAUGCUCCAGAAUUUAUGUUGGUAGAAGAUGAUGAAUCAAGUAGUAUAGAGAGUGAUGACUAUAAACUAUCACUUCAACAAAGAAAUUUACCUAGUUUAUCAAAAUGUUAUACUGCGCCCGAUAGGAGUAGCAGUAAUAAUAAUAAUUCAUCUCGCCAUUAUGAUAUUCAUCAAAAAUUAAAUACGCUCGAGAGCAGUAAUCUUGAACUUUUACUUUCACUAGAAACACAGACUAGAUUAGAUGCCCAGGAAAAGGAAAAAGAACGUCAAGAGAGGGAAGAGCAGAUGACACCACCACCACCGCCUCGUCCAACUCGUAUUAAAUUUGAAUUACCUGUUACACCCUCUCGAUCUAGAUCUCCAUCUUCUAGAUUAGCUUAUCCAAAGGCAAGACCAGUACGUUCAUUACCUGAAGAAGGUUUAACAGCAAAUGCGCUUCGGCAUCCUAUAAAUCCAAAAAAGCCGAGGAGAGCAGGAUGGCGUUAUUUAUUUGGUGAUCGAAAAGAGGAAGAGAAUAUGGAUACACCUUUACCUAUUACUUUAGAUUCAAGAGUGAGAUUAAAGAUGAGACCAUUACCUACCUUUGGUUAUGUACGAUAUAUUGGUGGUGUAGAAUUUGGCAAAGGAGAAUAUAUUGGAGUUGAACUUGAUCAUGGUGUUGGAAAUUGUGAUGGUAGCAUAGAAGGCAAAAGAUAUUUUGAUACAGAUCCUAAUCGUGGUGUAUUUCUUAAACGACGUGAAUUAGAAGCUGUACCAGAUGAUUAAAUGCAUAUACAUAAAUCAAAAUGAAACAAACAAACCAAAAAAAAAAAAAAA